UGCGUAGCUCGUCACUUGAAUUGCAGCUAUUUCUCCCGUGAGUGACGUCACAAUACUUGAGAGUAUGGAGGGCAAGAGUCUGAAGAGUGUGAUUAUCGGUGCACUUAUACUGGGUCUAGUGUUAGAGGUCAUCCAAGUGGAAGCUAAGAGUUGCUGCCCAUCCACUACAGCAAGAAAUAUCUAUAACACAUGUCGUUUUGGGGGUGCUUCUAGGCCAGUAUGUGCAAAACUCUCUGGCUGCAAAAUUGUUGACGGGAAAUGCAUGCCCCCUUAUGAUAAACUUACCCUCUUCCCACACUCUGAUGAAUCAGACGUCCCUGACUUCUGCAAACUGGGAUGUAUGCACUCUGUUUGUGAAAAAAUAAACACCGCUUUUGGCAAUGAGGAAGCGAAUGACACCGUGGAACGUUGCAACGAUGCAUGCAUUAGUUUCUGCACCAAGGACGUUGACGCCGCUACUGUUGUUGCCUAAGCAAGUGCAUGCACUGGGGUUUCUCGUGGUAGCCAAAGCCAUGUUGCUGUUAUGUCUUCAAUAAUUGGAUGCUUGCAUGCAUCCAACAAGCCGUGUCACCUUGUUUCAGUUUCUUUCUUCUAUUUCGAAUAAGGGUCAGGGUGAUAUCAUUUUCUUUGGAGAAUGUGAUCAUCUAUGUCGAAUAUAUCCUUGGCCAAUGAACUUUGUUGUGAUCGUUUGUCUCGUUAUUAAAUUUCUCUUUUCUUUUA